AUGCCUCCGGACGUGAAAAAUAUGAGCCCAGAAUCAGCGAUAGUUCAAACGAAGUCAAGUCCCUACGUCGGCGGCAGCGGUCGUGGAGUAAAAGACGACCACGUCCAAGCCGUUCUCUCCAACAUCUCAGGAGCCUCCAUCCUCCAUCUCGUAUGCCACGGCUCCGCACAGGAUAUCUUCCCCGAGAGUAGCAGCUUUCUCCUCCGAGAUGCUCGAGCUUCCGUUGACGCAGUUCCCGUUCUUGAGUGCGUUCAAUUCGGCGACGGGGGACGAGUCGAGGUUGGAUGGAAGAAUGUAUAUGGCGGCGGCGAUGUUGACGGUGGGAUUCAAGAGCGUCACUGGGACAAUGUGGCGGUGAUUCCGUUCUAUUUUCGGCCUACGCCAGCCUGA